AUGACCUAAUGAAAUGGGUCGCAAAGAAACUCAUUACUUGCAGACUUUAAGCUGUGACUCAAUGGCCCAGCAAAACAUGAAAAUGCGCCCAGCACUACUGAAAAGGAACAGCCUGGAUUCAGCUGAUUUCAUGAGGCAGUCACAUCACCGCAGAAGCAAAUCUCAGCAAGUGAGAUUCAAGGACGAUGGUACGAUGGGUGUCACAGAAAUGGAUACUCCUCCUGCCCAAGGUGCAGCAUUCCUGGCUGCAAAUACAAAAAUCAAUAGUCACCCAAUUCUUUUGCCAAAUCAAUCUCCAUCCUUCCCAAGGGCUCAAAAAGGCCUUCAGAAUAUUGCCAUACAAACGUCUCCAAGCCUCAGGAAACACCUCCCAGUUUUUAAAAAGAAAAAGCUGACAGUAAGCAAAUCAUUAACAGAAAUGACAACUGAACCUGUAUAUUCCAUCCAAGUAAAUGGCAAUAUUUCUGAACAAGACAUAAUCCCUUCAGACAUCUCCUACGUAAGGAUAACUAAUAAUUUAGAAGACAGAUUUAGCAGAAGCGAGGUGGACAGUCAGUUACAUCAAAAACCAACAAUAAAAUCACAAUGCAACGGACCUACCCAGUCAGAUUCUGACAAUUUCUCAGUACCAGAAAAGACAACUGUUUCAGUACAGGUGCCUGAAUACAUACAUCUGAGUUUUCCACAGGACAGUAAUGCUUCCGUGGAUGCACUAGACAUGACCACGGAUUUAAGUAAUUCACUGCAUUCCUCUACUGUCAUAAAACAAUCCAGUGAAAAUAACACACCGUCUUCUAAUCCUGAAAAGUCGCAUCCUUGCUUAAGAAAUUCCAGUUACUGCACUGAAUGCAAACCACAUUCUGACUCCUGUGAUGCGGACUGGGAGUUACCUGUAGCUAAGUUACCUGUAGCCAACAAAGACGCAAGUAGUAAGGAAACUACUCCUUUGUCACCUCCACCAAAUCACCAUUUAUCUCCUUGUUUCCUCAGAGACUAUCAGCAGACCAGGGAGCAUGAAACAGAUUCCAACUGCGUGACACUAACAAAUGAUGAUCAUGCAACAAUGUCAUUGACCAGCAGUAAAGCAUCAAAAUCCAUUCCUUCACGUCACACUGAGAUCGAGAAAAACACCCAGCCAGAUAUUUCAGACUGUAACAACUGUAUAGGAUUUCACAUAGAGUCUUACCUGCCAAGGAAUGAAAUAAACCGACAAACCAACAAAGAGAUUAUAGAAAUGAAUCAAAUUCAUUUGGCACAUGGAGAACUAUGUGCCCUACAAGGCAGGCUGCAGUCUGUAGAGGAAUCCUUGCACUCAAACCAGGAGAAGAUUAAAGUCCUUUUGAAUGUAAUUCAAGACCUGGAAAGAGCCAGAGCCCUCAGUGAAGGGCGCAACUUCUACCACACUGGUCAAGAUCUCAACAACUGCAGCACCUGUCAGAACACUGCAUGCAUCAUUUACAGUGUAGAAUAUGACUUCAGACAACAAGAAGGAAGAUUUCAUCAGAUUUUGAAAAGGCUGGAUCACGUGGAACAAAGUUCAGCUACAGCUUCUCCUCAAAAGUUACCACCUGAUCCUCCAAUUCCCGAGAAAAAGGAAUCAAGAAGGAAAACAAAAAAGAUGAAAAAGAAAUGCUUCUGGUGGAUUUGA